AAAAAAUUGUGAACAGAAACUUCAGUCGGACGCUCGUUUGAGCGCACACUCAUCAGUACUCGGUCACUCGCAUAAAACUGUCAAGAAGCCGUUUCUUCAGAAAUUUUAUGAAUUUCGUACAGCUAUGGUUCUUGUCUAAUCUGAUUCAUUUUGAUGGUGUUGUUUAUAAAAAAUUCGUGUUGUUGAUUCAUUAAGGUGUUGUAUCGUAUAUUGGUAAAUUAAGAAACCCCCACUGGUUUUUUAUGGCGAGUUUUUUUCUGGGGCUUCUGUGUAUAAGUUAGUUUGCCAUUGCUGAAGCUGGAUUAGAAAUCUGUGUACACUUUUGUUUUUUAAGUAGAAAAUGGAUCAAGAAUUAGGUUCUCAGCCAAAUGCUCCGUACUUAAUUAUCUAGUGUUUUUAAGAUGUGAAGCCAUUGAGACAUCGGUAGUAAUCAUGUAAGCGAAAAUCUCGGAUCAGGGAAAGAGCUGAAAACGGCGCAGAUUACGAAAAAAUGUGAGGUCGGUUAAGUGCAGAGGGUAUUUUUACGUGUGAUGCAAUGUGAGGUGAUGAGUGGGGUUUAUGGUGUUUAAAGGCAGGGAGGAGAAAAGGUUCUUGGUGAAUCGUGAAUGGGGAAAAACAUGGACACUUAUUGCAUAUUCUGUCUUUUGAGGAAAAAAUUAGACUGUUGAAGCUUGAUGUGUGAAGAAGGUUGCCUCAUAAUGUUGGCAUUACAAGUCGCAAGUUAAUUAGUUUAUCUGAGUUUUCCAACGAAGGUAAGAUAGCAUACAAAUAGCUGCAGAAUAAAACUGUAAAAAGAAAAAAAGACAGAAAAUAAUUGUAAAAACUAAAACAAAAUAGAAGAAAUUAGAUUUUAGCAAAUAUGUCCUAAUGGGUGGGCCCAAGGAUCAAGAUUUUGCCCCUCCCUCCAAAUGCAUGGAUCCUCCCAAGAGAAGGCUUUAUCAGGUUUGGAAGGGUAGAAAUAAAUUCCUGUGUGGGGGGAGAUUGAUCUUUGGUCCCGAUGCAUCAUCUGUUCUGUUGUCGACAUUACUGAUAGGGGGGCCAGCUUUGACUUUCUGCUUCAAAAUGCUUAUGAGAAUCUCGGACGCCGAUCUCUUGUACGGUCGUGCCGUGUUGACCGUGGGGCUCAUCCUCACGUUUUUGGAUUUGGCUUUUCUUUACAUGACGGCUUCAAGAAACCCAGGAAUAAUACCUAGGAACUCCCGGCUGCCCGAUUCUGACAGCCGGUCGAUAUCCAUGGCAUCCAUGGACUGGAUAAAUUGCGAAACACCCUCUUUGAGAAUUCCAAGAUUGAAGGACGUGUAUGUGAACGGGCACACCGUAAAGGUGAAAUUUUGCGACACGUGCUUGCUGUACAGACCGCCUCGUGCUUCCCAUUGCUCCAUUUGCAACAACUGUGUCGAGAGGUUUGACCAUCACUGCCCCUGGGUUGGCCAGUGUAUUGGAGUUAGAAACUACAGAACGUUCAUCUUGUUUGUGACGACAUCAACAUUGCUUUGCAUACACGUUUUCACGUUCUCUUUGGUGAAUUUGCUCAAAGAGCCGGGCCCACUUUGGAGAAGCAUGUCGAGAGACGUGUUGUCAGUCAUCCUUCUUGUUUACUGCUUCAUCUCGGUUUGGUUCGUCGGUGGACUUACCGUCUUACACUUCUAUCUCAUGUGCACCAAUCAGACGACGUACGAGAACUUCCGAUACCGUUACGACACGAAGGAAAACCCGUACAAUGAAGGGGCUUUUAACAACCUAAAGGAGAUUCUCUUCUCGAAAUCCGUGCCUUCGCACGUUAACUUCCGCGAGUGGGUGACGGUCGAUGAUAUUGACGAGUCAAUUGCGGUUUCGUUUUAUGGGAGACACCUCGGCUCCGACAUCAAGAAACCGAGCUUUGUGGAUUUGGAGGCGGGCAUACUCGGAAAGGACGGGAAACCAGUCGUUCGGGACUACAAUGGGAUUGACGAUAGCUUGAAGAAGCCCAAGGGCGAAAACGUCAUUCUCGAUCCUGGUUUUUUCUCAAGCUAUCGGGAAGAGAAAUGCGGAUUGGUGAAAAGGCGCGACCUUUCGGGUUUGUUAUGCCUUUUUGUGCGUGGCCCGUUGCCGAGGAACAAAUGGGAGGAAGGAGAGGAGCUUCUCUAUAUGGACCGUGAUAAACCCAAGCCCAAGAGGCUUUAUCAAGUUUGGAGAGGGAGUAAUAAAUUCUUGUUUGGAGGAAGAUUGAUAUUUGGUCCAGAUGUGUCUUCUUUGUUCCUAUCCAUAUUCCUAAUAGCAGGUCCAGCAAUUGGCUUUUGUAUAAAGAUCUUGUUUAUUAUCAAAAACCAGCUGAAAGAGAACAAAAACGCAUUCCCUUGGUAUUCCGUUCUUAUUGUGGCUUUACUGCUAACCAUUUUGGAUAUAUUCUUUCUCUUCCUUACAGCCAGUAGAGAUCCCGGGAUUGUGCCUAGAAAUAAAAAACCUCCUGAAUUUGAUGAAGCCAUUGAAAUCGACACUCCUUCUAUGGAGUGGGUCCAUGGUAGAACUCCCCAUUUGAAGCUACCGAGAACUAAAAAUGUGCUUGUAAAUGGACACACAGUGAAGGUGAAAUUUUGUGACACGUGUUUGCUCUACCGUCCUCCUCGAGCAUCUCAUUGCUCCAUCUGCAACAACUGUGUUCAAAAAUUUGAUCAUCAUUGUCCGUGGGUUGGUCAAUGCAUCGGUAUACGAAAUUACAGGUUCUUCUACAUGUUCAUAACAACAUCGACAAUACUGUGCCUUUAUGUUUUCGUUGUCUCGUUUUACAACAUUGUCCACUGCAAAGGUAGUGUUUGGAAAGCCAUGUCACAUGAUUAUUUGUCAGAUGUCCUCGUUGUGUACUGCUUCAUUUCUUUCUGGUUCGUGGGUGGCCUCACAGUUUUCCACUUCUACUUGAUUAGCACAAACCAGACAACAUACGAGAACUUCCGAUACCGAUAUGAUAUAAAGGACAAUCCUUACAACAGGCGGAUGAUCAACAACUUCAAAGAAGUUUUCUUCUCCAAAAUCCCACCCUCAUUGCACGAUUUUCGCGCAAUAGUCGAAGAAGAAGAUGAAACCACGGCAGUAAAUCACGAUUUCACGGUGGAUACUAAUUUGACGAGCUCGAAAGAGAAAAUCGAUAUCGAGAUGGGUGGCGGCAUGUUUUCAGACAACAGUAGUCUCACGCUUCCCGAUAUUCUGCGUAAUUUGGAGUAUGAUGGGAUAGAGGAGAGUAUGAAGCAAAGGGAAGGUAGUGAGAGAUCUUAUUCGGGCCAGGAAGAUAUUGUUCGGGUCGAACGAGAGCUGAAGGAGUCGAUGAGUGGGCUAACGAUUGAUCUUGAGGAGGAGGAUGUAGAUGAAAAAUUUGAUGCCAUAAUAGCUGAAUUACGACGGACUAAAGGAUCUGGUCGAACGUAAGAUAACAGUUAAAUAGUUCUUGGGCAAGACUUGCAAAUUUUAGCAGAAGUUCUCGUAUAAAAUGAUAAUUUUGCAUAUUUUCCGAGUCCGAGAUAGUCAUGCAACUAUGUAAAAACUUUCCAACUUUAUUGACCUGACAAAUGUUUUUAUGCUCUUAGCUUCUGUUGAUAUAUAUUUUUUUUUUAUUGUUAUGCAGAUGAACAAACUUUCAUGAUGGUGGUGCUCAGCGGAUAUGUUUCUUCAACUGGAAGAUGNUGUGUUUCCUUUUUCUUUGUAU